GUGUUGAAAUGAUAGUUGCUUCAUGUUCAGUCGGGUAGCAAAUAAAUGGCGGUGAAAUUUCUGUGAAUGUUCUGUGCAAAAAAAGGACGCUUCUUGAAAAAUCAUACUUCGUGGGACGCCGUUGUUCAUUCGUGCUAUUGGAAAAGUUGCUGUAAUUGCUGGACGUGGGAAAAUGAGUGCAUCGGGUGUGCAUCAAAAUGGGAGAGAGAAGGAGAAUAUUGAGAAGAUUUAUCAGAAGAAGUCUCAGCUUGAGCACAUUCUUCUGCGUCCGGACACCUACAUUGGGUCCGUGGAAGUGGUGAAGGAGCAAAUGUGGGUGUAUGAUAAGGAGGCCAAGAAGAUGGUACAGAGGGAAAUUUCUUAUGUUCCGGGAUUGUAUAAGAUUUUCGAUGAAAUCCUGGUGAAUGCGGCUGAUAAUAAGCAGCGUGAUAAGAAUAUGACGCGAAUUAAGAUUGACAUCAAUCAGGAGACCAAUACCAUUUCCGUGUGGAACAAUGGGAGGGGAAUUCCGGUGGUGAUGCACAAAGAGCAGAAAAUGUAUGUGCCCACGAUGAUCUUUGGACAUCUCCUGACCUCGUCCAACUACAAUGACGAGGAGGAAAAGGUAACUGGGGGCCGGAAUGGCUACGGUGCCAAGCUCUGCAACAUCUUCAGCACAAAAUUCACCGUGGAGACGGCCAGUAGGGAGUACAAAAGCUGCUUCAAGCAGGUCUGGGGCGAUAACAUGACCAAGACAUCUGAUCCCAAAGUGCGUGCAUUCAGCGGAGAGGACUACACCAAAGUCACGUUCUCUCCGGAUUUGUCAAAGUUCAAGAUGGACAAACUCGAUGAUGACAUUGUGAGCCUCCUCAAUCGCCGGGCUUUUGACGUAGCCGCCUCCACGCGCGGCGUCACAGUUUUCCUGAACGACGAAAAAGUCCCAGUGAAGAAUUUCAAAGACUACGUGGAUUUGUAUCUCAAGGAGAAUCUCGAUGAAGCGACAGGAGCACCCACAAAGGUCGUCUACGAGAAUGCCAAUGAACGCUGGGAAGUGGCACUGACUCUUUCCGACAAAGGCUUUCAGCAAAUGUCCUUUGUCAAUUCCAUUGCCACCACGAAGGGAGGACGUCACGUGGACCAUGUGACCGAUGCGAUCGUCAAGCAAUUGAUCGAGGUGCUGAAGAAGAAGAACAAAGGCGGCACCAAUAUUAAGCCGUUCCAGGUGAAAAAUCACCUUUGGAUCUUUGUGAAUUGCCUGAUCGUCAAUCCCACCUUCGAUUCCCAAACAAAAGAGAACAUGACCCUCCAGGCCAAGAGCUUUGGAUCCAAAUGCACCCUCUCCGAGAAGUUCAUCAACAACGUCACCAAGUGCGGCGUCGUAGAAUCAGUGCUGCAGUGGGCCAAGUUCAAAGCCCAAACCGAAUUGGGUAAAACCAGUGGCAGCAAAAAGAGCAAAAUCAAGGGAAUUCCCAAGUUGGAAGAUGCAAAUUUUGCUGGGACAAAGAAUGCCCAUGAAUGUACACUUAUCCUCACUGAGGGAGACUCAGCCAAAUCUCUUGCAAUUUCGGGCUUGGGAGUUGUUGGCCGAGACAGAUAUGGGGUCUUUCCCCUUCGUGGUAAAUUGCUAAAUGUGCGUGAAGCGACGCACAAGCAAAUUCUGGAAAAUGCUGAAAUAAACAAUUUGAUAAAGAUCUUGGGGCUUCAGUACAAGAAAAAGUACAAUGCUAUUGAAGAUCUAAAAUCACUGCGUUAUGGCAAGGUUAUGAUAAUGACAGAUCAGGAUCAAGAUGGAUCCCAUAUCAAGGGAUUAUUGAUCAAUUUUAUCCAUACAAAUUGGCCAGAAUUGCUACGAUUGCCAUUUUUGGAGGAAUUCAUUACGCCAAUUGUCAAGGCAACGAAACGGGAUGAAGAACAUGCAUUCUAUUCGUUGCCAGAAUUUGAAGAAUGGAAAGCCGCAACUCCCAAUGCUCAUACUUAUAAUAUAAAGUACUACAAAGGUUUGGGUACUUCUACGUCCAAGGAGGCAAAGGAAUAUUUCAAGGAUAUGGAACGUCAUAGGAUUGUGUUUAAGUACGAUGGGACUAGUGAUGAUGAUGCCAUUGUUAUGGCUUUUGCGAAGAAAUGCGUAGAUCAGCGAAAAGAUUGGUUGACAGCUCAUAUGGCUGAGUGCAAGAGGAGGAAGUUGGAGGGAUUGCCGGAUGAGUAUCUGUAUAAGAAAACCACAAAGGAGAUAACCUAUGCACAAUUUGUCAAUUUGGAAUUGGUUCUCUUCUCCAAUUCGGACAAUGAACGUUCGAUUCCGUGUGUGGUGGAUGGCUUGAAGCCGGGACAGCGUAAAGUGAUUUUUACAUGUUUCAAGCGCAAUGACAAGAAAGAGGUUAAGGUGGCACAAUUGGCUGGUUCAGUGGCUGAGAAGUCAGCCUAUCACCAUGGUGAGCAGAGUCUCUGUUCGACCAUUGUCAAUCUGGCUCAGAAUUAUGUUGGCAGCAAUAAUAUCAAUCUCCUUCAGCCAAAUGGUCAAUUCGGCACGAGACUCAAUGGUGGCAAGGAUAGUGCAUCUCCCCGUUACAUCUUCACGAUGCUCUCGCCCCUGGCUCGACUGAUUUUCCAUCCGCACGACGAUCCUCUCCUUCAGUACCAAAAGGACGACAAUCAGGACAUUGAACCAGUCUGGUACCUACCCAUCAUUCCCAUGGUACUUGUAAAUGGUGCCGAGGGCAUAGGAACAGGCUGGUCCACAAAGAUUCCCAACUACAAUCCAAGGGAGAUCAUUAGCAAUCUCAGGCUGUUGAUCCAAAAUCAGGAGCCGACACGCAUGAAGCCCUUCUACAAGAACUUCCGCGGUGACAUUGAACUGAUGGCUGAUCACAGGUACGUCACCACAGGCAAUGUUGCUAUCCUCUCUGGCAAUCGGAUUGAGAUCACUGAGCUGCCAGUCGGCGUCUGGACACAGACGUACAAGGAAAAUGUGCUCGAACCUCUACUUCAUGGAUCGGAAAAGGUUAAAUCCGUGAUAAAUGAUUACCGUGAGUAUCACACGGAUACAACGGUGAGAUUUGUUAUUUCAUUCGCUGCUGGUGAAUUUGAUAAGAUCCGGGCUGAAGAAGGUGGAUUCCACAGAAUUUUCAAACUGACUUCGUCCCUUUCGACAAGUCAGAUGCACGCUUUUGAUGAGAACUUGUGUCUAAGGCGCUUUGAUAAUGUCCUCGACAUCCUCAAAGAAUUCUAUACUUUGCGCCUUGAAUUUUAUUGCAAGAGGAAGGAUUAUCUUGUGGGAAUGUUGUCAGCUGAGGCUGACUUCCUUGACAAUCAGGCACGUUUCAUUGUGGAAAAGUGCAAUGGGACGAUUGUUGUGGAAAACAAGAAGCGCAAAGUUGUAGUUGAUGAUCUGCUGAAGAGAGGGUAUAAGCCUAAUCCGGUCCGAGAGUGGCAGAAGAAGAUAAAUCCGAAAUUUGCUGAGAAGGAGGCCGAAGAGGAUGCUGAGAAUCAGGAAAAUGAUGAUGAGACCGAAGAAACUGCAGUGGAUACGAAGAAGAAGAAGCCCAUUGAUCCAGAAAAAGCUUUCAAUAGCUCCGUGGAAGUCAAGCAAUUUGACUAUCUUCUGGGCAUGAAAAUGUGGAUGCUGACGGAGGAAAAGAAGAAGGAAUUGCUGAAUAAAAAGGAUAACAAAUUGGCUGAGCUGAAGAUGCUACAGGCAAAGACGCCUGAAAUGCUGUGGCAAACUGAUUUGGAUGCCCUAGAGGCUAAGUUGGAUGAGGUUGAGGAGAAGGAGAGACAGGAGGAAUUGGGAAUUCAGAAGAGUCUUUCAAAGGGAUCCAAGGGAAAGAAGGAUCUCGGUGGCAAAGGCAGAAAGUGCAAGGUGGACGAUAGGGAAGUUAUGCCGGAUCCUUACGGAGAAAAGAUUGAAUUUAAGGUCACUGAGGAGUUGAUUAAGAAGGCCGAGAAGGCUGUGGCAGCAGCUCAGUACAUCAAGAAGGAGAAGACUGUGAAGAAGGAGAAGAAGGUAGUAGGUGAAGAUGAUGAAUUGGAUGCAUUGGUCAAUGCUGGAAAUAGCAGUAUUAAGCAAGAGAAACCGCCCAAGAAGACCAAGAAGGCUGCUGCCGCCGGAGAUGGAAUGAAGCAGACUAAACUCAAUUUCCCGAAAGCGUCCAAGAAAAAGUCUAAGAACGAUACAGCUGAAUUCUCGUCUGACAUGAGUGGCGAUGAUGAAGUGAAGAAGGUUGCAGUACCGUCGCGUGAGAGGCCAGCAAUGAGGGCGGCGUCCAAGAAGAUUGUGUACAAGUUUGAUUCGGAUCAGGAGGAUGAUAAUGCUGAUGCACGUUCGGGAGGUUUUGGCGACUCUGACAGCGAUGUGGAGCUGAAGCCGACAAAUAUUUCCAGCGAUGACAUGUUCAAUUCUCUGAAGGAAGCAGACAAUGAGGCACCAGCUGCUCCAGUGGCUGCUACCGCCUCAAAAUCUCCUGCACAACCUGCCAAGCGCAAAUUGAACAAACCUCCGGCAACUGCAAAGGUCACAAAGCGCAGCAAGAAGGAUGACAGUGACGACGAUGAUAUGUUUUCCUCCAAGAAGACAAAGAAGAGGGCCGACAGCAGCGAUGAAGAAUUCUCACCGAUUAGAAAGCCUGCUCGGGGCGGCGGCAAGAAGGCAAUGUACGCAGAGUCCGAUGAUUCCGAAUCAGACUAUUGAGUUGAUUUAAUUUAUUUACCUGUUCACUAUUCUAAUUCUGACCUUUUAAAAAUUGUAACACUUCAACCAUCCCAAAAUUUUCCAACACAAGGGAAGUGUUUCUAUUUUUUUCAUGUUUAGUUUCCAUUAUUUUAACGUAGAUUCCAAAUAUUGAAAUAAAUCAAUUUUUCGUGGUGA